GGCCAGUGUUGGAAUGAUCAUCACACUUCUUUCUCAGCUGUCCAGAGAAGAGCAACAGAAUCCCAAUACUUGACAAAAAUGAAAUUGUCGAUCGUCGCCCUCGCUUUCUUGGCCGUAGCUUUGGCUGCACCACAAGGUGACAAGAAACCCAUUGAAAUUAUUUCAUCCAACAGUGAAAUGAACGCUGAUGGCAGCUACUCUUUCGAUUUUGAAAGCGCCGAUGGCACAAAAGUGUCAGAGAGCGGCAACCAGAAACAAGUUGGACCUAAACCCGAAGAUAUCGGAACUGUCUCCAAAGGAUCUUACUCUUUCACUACUCCGGAUGGCGUUGUCCUCACCGUCAACUGGGUCGCUGAUGAAAACGGAUUCCAGGCCACUGGUGUUUUGCCCACUCCUCCCCCCAUGCCCGAACAUGUCGUGAAGAUGUUGGCCGACUUGAAAGCUGCCGGUCUUCUGUAAAUAUGUCCAUAUAUCACCCAUCAACAUGUAACCGCACAACCAAGACUUUGAAUCUGUUUUGCUUUGUAAAGUCCACUGUAAUUAUUCCCUUUUUUUUUCAUGAAGAAAUACAGAAAAAUAUUUCAUA